UGUAUGUAUUUGGCAGGUGAAAGGAAGGCAAGCCAGGAUGGAUAUUUACGACACUCAGACGUUGGGGGUUGUGGUCUUCGGUGGAUUCAUGGUCGUUUCUGCCAUUGGCAUCUUCCUUGUGUCAACCUUCUCCAUGAAGGAGACGUCCUAUGAAGAAGCCCUGGCCAACCAGCGCAAGGAGAUGGCGAAAACUCACCACCAGAAAGUGGAGAAGAAAAAGAAGGAGAAAACAGUGGAGAAGAAAGGAAAGACCAAGAAAAAGGAAGAGAAACCUAACGGAAAGAUACCUGACCAUGACCCAGCCCCCAAUAUGACCAUCCUUCUCAAAGACCCAGUGCGGGCACCUGCAGUGGCUGUGACUCCAACCCCAGUCCAGCCCCCCGUGGUCAUUGCCCCCGUAGCCACGGUACCAGCCAUGCCCCAGGAGAAGCUCGCCUCCUCGCCUAAGGACAAAAAGAAAAAGGAGAAAAAAGUGGCAAAGGUGGAACCAGCAGUCAGUUCUGUAGUGAAUUCCAUCCAAGUUCUUGCCUCCAAGGCUGCCAUCUUAGAAACUGCUCCCAAGGAGGUGCCUAUGGUGGUUGUGCCCCCAGUGGGUGCCAAGGCCAGUACCCCAGCCACCGGCACUGGACAGGGCAAAAAGGCAGAGGGAGCCCAGAACCAGGGCAAAAAGGCAGAAGGAACCCCCAACCAGGGCAAAAAGGCUGAGGGGGCUCCCAACCAGGGCAAAAAGGCAGAGGGAGCCCAGAAUCAGGGCAAAAAGGUAGAAGUGGCCCCGAACCAGGGGAAAAAGGCAGAGGGGGGCCAGAAUCAGGGCAAAAAGGCAGAAGGAACCCCCAUCCAGGGCAAAAAGGCAGAAGGAGCCCCCAACCAAGGCAAAAAGACAGAUGGGGCCGCCAACCAGGGCAAAAAGGCAGAGGGAGCUCCUAACCAGGGCAAAAAAGUAGAGGGGGCCCAGAAUCAGGGCAAAAAGGCAGAAGGGGCACAGAAUCAGGGCAAAAAGGCAGAGGGGGCCUCCAACCAGGGCAAAAAAGAGGAGGGGACCCCAAACCAGGGCAAAAAGGCAGAGGGGAGCCCCAAUCAGGGCAAAAAGGUGGAAGUGGUUCAGAACCAGAGCAAAAAGGCAGAGGGAACCCCCAACCAGGGCAAAAAGGCAGAGGGGGCCCAGAACCAGGGCAAAAAGGCAGAGGGAGCCCAGAACCAGGGCAAAAAGGCAGAAGGAACCCCCAACCAGGGCAAAAAGGCUGAGGGGGCUCCCAACCAGGGCAAAAAGGCAGAGGGAGCCCAGAAUCAGGGCAAAAAGGUAGAAGUGGCCCCGAACCAGGGGAAAAAGGCAGAGGGGGGCCAGAAUCAGGGCAAAAAGGCAGAAGGAACCCCCAUCCAGGGCAAAAAGGCAGAAGGAGCCCCCAACCAAGGCAAAAAGACAGAUGGGGCCGCCAACCAGGGCAAAAAGGCAGAGGGAGCUCCUAACCAGGGCAAAAAAGUAGAGGGGGCCCAGAAUCAGGGCAAAAAGGCAGAAGGGGCACAGAAUCAGGGCAAAAAGGCAGAGGGGGCCUCCAACCAGGGCAAAAAAGAGGAGGGGACCCCAAACCAGGGCAAAAAGGCAGAGGGGAGCCCCAAUCAGGGCAAAAAGGUGGAAGUGGUUCAGAACCAGAGCAAAAAGGCAGAGGGAACCCCCAACCAGGGCAAAAAGGCAGAGGGGGCCCAGAACCAGGGCAAAAAGGCAGAGGGAGCCCAGAACCAGGGCAAAAAGGCAGACGGGGCCCAGAACCAGGGCAAAAAGGCAGAGGGGGCCCAGAACCAGGGCAAAAAGGCAGAGGGGGCCCAGAACCAGGGCAAAAAGGCAGAGGGGGCCCCCAACCAGGGAAAAAAGGAGGGAACCCCAAACCAGGGCAAAAAGGCCGAGGGGACCCCCAACCAGGGUAAAAAGGCAGAGGGGGCCCCCAACCAGGGAAAAAAGGAGGGAACCCCAAACCAGAGCAAAAAGGCCGAGGGGACCCCUAACCAGGGCAAAAAGGCAGAGGGGGCCCAGAAUCAAGGCAAAAAGGCCGAGGGGGGCCAGAAUCAGGGCAAAAAGGCAGAGGGGGGCCAGAAUCCGGGCAAAAAAGCCGAGGGGGCCCAGAAUCAGAGCAAAAAGGCAGAUUCGGUUGCUAAUCAGGGCACAAAGGCAGAGGGUGUUGCAAGCCAGGGGAAAAAAGCAGAGGGGGCACCCAAUCAAGGCAAAAAGGCAGAGGGAACCCCGAACCAGGGCAAAAAGUCAGAAGGGUCCCCCAACCAGGGCAAAAAGGUGGAUGUGUCUGCCAAUCAGGGUAAAAGGGCAGAGUCAGCCCCUAUACAAGGCAAAAAUGCAGAUAUGGUUCAGAGCCAAGAGGCACCAAAGCAAGAGGCUCCUGCAAAGAAGAAGUCUGGUUCAAAGAAGAAAGGUGAGCAUGGGCCCCCGGACUCCGACAGCCCUCUCUACCUCCCCUACAAGACGCUGGUCUCCACAGUUGGAAGCAUGGUGUUCAACGAGGGGGAGGCCCAGCGGCUCAUUGAGAUCCUGUCCGAGAAGGCUGGCGUCAUUCAGGACACCUGGCAUAAGGCCACUCAGAAGGGCGACCCUGUGGCAAUUCUGAAGCGCCAGCUGGAAGAGAAGGAGAAGCUGCUGGCCACAGAGCAGGAGGACGCGGCUGUCGCCAAGAGCAAGCUGAGGGAGCUCAAUAAGGAGCUGGCGGCGGAGAAGGCUAAGGCAGCGGCCGGGGAGGCCAAGGUGAAGAAGCAGCUCGUGGCCCGGGAGCAGGAGAUCACAGCCGUGCAGGCGCGCAUGCAGGCCAGCUACCGGGAGCACGUGAAGGAGGUGCAGCAGCUGCAGGGCAAGAUCCGGACUCUUCAGGAGCAGCUGGAGAACGGCCCCAACACGCAGCUGGCCCGCCUGCAGCAGGAGAACUCCAUCCUGAGGGAUGCCUUGAACCAAGCCACAAGCCAGGUGGAGAGCAAGCAGAACGCCGAGCUGGCCAAGCUCCGGCAGGAGCUCAGCAAGGUCAGCAAGGAGCUGGUGGAGAAGUCGGAGGCUGCACGUCAGGAGGAGCAGCAGCGAAAGGCUUUGGAGACCAAGACAGCUGCCUUCGAGAAGCAGGUCCUACAGCUGCAGGCGUCUCACAAGGAGAGUGAGGAGGCCCUGCAGAAGCGCCUGGACGAGGUCAGCCGGGAACUGUGCCGCUCCCAGACCAGCCACGCCAGCCUGCGGGCAGACGCCGAGAAGGCCCAGGAGCAGCAGCAGCAGAUGGCCGAGCUGCACAGCAAACUGCAGUCCUCCGAGGCAGAGGUGAAGAGCAAGUGCGAGGAGCUGAGUGGUCUCCACGGGCAGCUCCAAGAGGCCAGGGCCGAGAACUCACAGCUCACGGAGAGAAUCCGGUCCAUUGAGGCCCUGCUGGAGGCAGGCCAGGCUCGGGACACCCAGGACGCCCAGGCCAGCCAGGCGGAGCAGCAGGCCCGCCUCAAGGAGCUGGAGUCCCAGGUGUGGUGCCUGGAGAAGGAGGCCACCGAGCUCAAGGAGGCAGUUGAGCAGCAGAAAGUAAAGAACAACGAUCUCCGAGAGAAGAACUGGAAGGCCAUGGAGGCUCUGGCCUCAGCUGAGAGAGCCUGCGAGGAGAAGCUACGCUCCUUGACCCAGGCCAAGGAGGAAUCAGAGAGGCAGCUCAGCCUGACCGAGACACAGACCAGGGAGGCCCUGUCCGCUCUGCUGCCAGCGCUCUCCAGCUCCACGCCCCAGAGUUACACCGAGUGGCUGCAGGAGCUCCGAGAGAAGGGCCCCGAGCUGCUGAAGCAGCUGCCAGCUAGAGCAGAGCCCUCGUCGGACCUGGCCUCCAAGCUGCGGGAGGCUGAGGAGACCCAGAACAAUCUGCAGGCCGAGUGUGACCAGUACCGCACCAUCCUGGCUGAGACGGAGGGCAUGCUCAGAGACCUGCAGAAGAGUGUGGAGGACGAGGAGAACGUGUGGAAGGCCAAAGUGAGCGCCACGGAGGAAGAGCUCCAGCAGUCACGGGUCACAGUGAAACAUCUCGAAGACAUUGUAGAGAAGCUAAAAGGAGAACUUGAAAGUUCAGAGCAGGUGAGGGAGCACACCUCACAUCUGGAGGCAGAGCUGGAGAAGCACAUGGUGGCCGCCAGCGCCGAGUGCCAGAACUACGCCAAGGAGGUGGCGGGGUUGAGGCAGCUUUUAUUAGAAUCUCAGUCUCAGCUGGAUGCAGCCAAGAGUGAAGCCCAGAAACAAAGCGAUGAGCUCGCCCUGGUCAGGCAGCAGUUGAGUGAGAUGAAGAGCCACGUAGAGGAUGGUGACGUAGCUGGGUCCUCAGCUGCCCCCCCAGCAGAGCAGGACCCCAUCGAGCUGAAGACGCAGCUGGAGCGGACGGAAGCCACCCUGGAGGGCGAGCAGGUGCUGCGGCAGAAGCUCACGGCCGAGUUCGAGGAGGCUCAGAGCUCGGCGUGUCGGCUGCAGGCGGAGCUGGAGAAGCUCCGCAGCAUGGGGCCCCUCGACUCUUCAGAAGCAGAGGCGGUCACGCAGCUAAAGGAGAGACUAGAAAAAGAGAAGAAAUUAACCAGUGACCUGGGAUGCGCUGCCACCAAAUUACAGGAGCUUUUGAAGACAACCCAGGAGCAGCUGGCGAAGGAGCGAGAGACCAUGAAGAAGUUGCAGGAGCAGCUGGACGAAACAGAGGAUGGUAGCAGCUCAAAGGAGGGCACAUCUGUCUGAGUCUCCUCUUCAGGAAAAGAAGUUACUGUUCAACUUACCAAAAUGCCUUACACAUUCCUUACAAAUAAAUCAACCAACCAACACAGCGUUAUCCAGGCCCAACCUCCAGUAGCUCUGAGAGAAGCCAUUAGAGACGAGAGUCUCUUAGAAUCACAGAAAUAGAUCUUCCAGACCCCCAGUUUGUAAAAGAACCUUUGUCACAUUUGAUAAACACUAUUCCCCAGGACCAGCCCUGGACCACCACCGAGCAGACGCCAAAGCCCUUACCAGCUCUGUGCCAGCCCCCAGGGUAUGCGCGGGGGAGGCCGGGACCUCUGGGCAUCUGUGUGUCAGUCAGUGCAAUUGUUUUCUUUCCCUGGGUUGGGGGUCAGGAGGCGGGCGGACCCGGGGAUGAGUCUCAAAGGCUGUGGAGCGGACUGGAGGGUCACAGCCCAACCCAGCAAGGCAGCAGCCCCUCACCCCUGGGAGAAGUUGCCGGCAAGAAUGGAUGUGUGACCUCCUGGAUGUUAAUGCCAUUAAAACAAACAUUGUCGCCCA